AUGAGUGGGCCAAAAAAAUCCAAAACAUAUCACUUCAAUCCAGAGUGGGAAGAGGAGUUUUUCUUCACUAUGGUAAAAGAAAAAUGUGUAUGUUUGAUAUGCCGAUUUGCAAUCGCCACACCCAAACGUGGAAACUUGGAGAGACAUUAUGAAACCGUACAUAAAAAACAUGCAGACAGUUUCCCACGUAACAGUGAUUUACGAAAAUCCAAAUUGAAAGACAUGAAGCGUUGUUUGGCAGGUGAACAAGCCAUGUUUACAAAGCCAUUGGAGAAGUCAAAAGCGGCUACUGUUGCAUCAUACAAAAUAAGCCACAUUUUAGCUAAAAAUAAGAAGCCAUUCGAAGACGGAGUGAUGAUAAAAGAAUGCUUUGUUGAAGCAGCUGAGUCUCUGUUCGUAAAUUUCAAAAAUAAAGCUGAAAUAAUUUCAGCCAUUAAAGACAUUCAACUAUCCCGGCAAACCGUGACUAGACGUGUUGAAACCAUCAGCAAGAACUUGGAAAAUCAAACCAUGAAUUAUCUCAAAGACUGCACCUACUUUUCUCUACAAUUCGACGAAUCGACAGACGCAACAGACGUAGCGCAGCUGUGCAUUUUUAUACGCAUGGUGUUUCCAGAUAUGACCGUCAAAGAAGACUUUCUGACAAUGAUUCCGUUGAAAGAACAUACUCGAGGAGUAGAUAUCUAUGAUUCAUUUCUUAAGUUCACACAGGAAGUUAAAAUGCCGCUGUAUAAACUUGUGUGCAUAACCACAGAUGGAGCUCCAGCCAUGACAGGCAACCAUAACGGAUUCAUUGCAUUGUGUCGAGCCAAUGACGACUUUCCGAACUUUUUCACUUUUCACUGUGUGAUUCAUCAGCAAGCACUUUGUGGUAAAAUAUUAAACAUGAAAGAUGUCAUGACCAUAGCCUUCAAAGUAGCAAACUCCAUCCGAGCAAAAAGUUUGCAGCGACGACUAUUUAAAGCACAACUGGAGAGUAGCGAAUUGGAGCACUCCGACUUACUUCUUUACACAGAUGCGAGGUGGCUAAGUCGUGGCCGAUUUUUAGCAAGAUUGCACGAGUUACUACCAGAAAUCAUAAUAUUUCUAGAAGCCAGAGGAGACGAUGCUGAAAUGCUGAAAAAUGAAAAAUGGCGGAGCGAUUUGGCUUUCUUAGUCGACAUAACAAAGCAUCUCAACGAUAUAAACCUGGAAUUGCAAGGAAAAGACAAAAAUAUUGUUGACAUGAUGAGCUCCAUAAAUGCAUUCAAGCGCAAGUUGCAACAACUAAAGGACGAAAUGAAAAACAAAGACUGCAGAAACUUCCCUACUCUACUAUUGCAACAAAACUCUGCUAGUUUCGUGACAUAUGAAGAAGAAGUGACAAAAAUUCUUAAAGAAUUCGAAAGACGCUUUGCAGAUAUUAAUAAAAUUGAGAAUAUUUUGUCAUUCAUGUCAUACCCAUUUAACUGCACGAACAUACAAAAAAUCUCUUCUAGCAGUAGUGACUUGUUCAACAUGGAACGUACAGCACUUGAAAAUGAAAUGUUAAAGCUCAUUUCGGAUAUCAACUUAAAAGCUAGAGCUGGCGACAGUAAUCCUUUCUGGUCAUCUAUACCCGAAAUGAAAUAUCCGUUAAUAAAGCAAAUAGCACUUCAAAUAACUGCCUUCUUUGCAUCGACAUACCUGUGCGAGUCUGCAUUUUCGCAGAUGAAAGUAAUAAAAUCAAAAUAUCGUACUCGUCUCACAAAUGACCACCUGACAGCCUGCUUGCGUCUAGGUAUAACUGAGAAUAUUCCUAACUACGAACAUUUUGCGGAAGACCACCAAUGUCACGCUUCGACAUCAGUAUUACGAUAA